UGUUGCUGAAAACUUCAGGUCAUGGCAUUCUCGACAUCAGCUUCUCCAAAAUGAGUUUGCUGUGCCCUGCCUGGUUGUCCCUUGUGUGGAUAAGUGUCCUCAGUCUUGUGACAGCCUCCAGCAUAUGGCACCCAAAUCUCCCUCCCUUGAGCCGGGCUUCUGUGGCAGAUGUGCCCUGAGCAACAUCUGCCAAACAGUCUGUUUAGCAAGCCUGCACCCAGUGGCAUUCACAGCAAGCUGCCAGACCCAAUCCCAGUGGAAUUCCUGGUGUCAUGCCCUUCCUUCUGUUAUGCAUUGGGCAGGGCAAGGAGUGUGUUGCAUUGGCAAAGGCAUGGGAACAAUCCAGUCACAUGUACCCACUGCUGGACUCUGAGCCCCAAGGCUUGAGCUCCAAACCACUGUCACCACAGCAGAGGGCAAGGAGCUGUGCUGCUGUGCUGAAGAGAUGGUGCUGUCCCAUGUCCUGCCAAGAGUGGGGUGCCCUGGGGAGCACCUGCACAUGGGUACCCCAAGAUUUGGCCCGACAGUUGGAGGCACAGAUCAGUUUGAGAUUGCAGUGCUUCUUUCAAAGGAAAACGAUCACUGGGAUGUGUGGGAAUGUGUGUGGGAUUCCUUUGUAGAUGAGGGGAGUUUCUACCCCCUGCAUUGCUGGAUUUUUGAGGGACAGACUGAGGUGUGACAGUGUUGGUUCUGUCACCUCUUGCUAAAGGUUCCUGUGGUCAUUGUGGCAGGGAUCUUACCUGUGCUGCCAAGGCAAGGGUUGAGAGGUGGCCAGCACAAGCAGAGGGGUGUUGUAGGGUAGAGCAGGAUAGAAGAGGAGUAGGAAUGUUAGGUUGGAAGGUACCUUCAGUAAUCAUCUGGUCUAACUGCCUGGUCUCAGCUCGAUGGAGACAAUAGAGGAUCACUCUUGGAUCUCCAUGCAAAGUUCUGUGUGCAUUCCAGGUGUUUGCACCUGGGCUGGGUCAGACUUCUCUGCAGAAAUGAGUCUACAGCCAGGAGGGGGUUGGCAAGGACUCCUCAGUUUUGCCACACUUCUCACAAAGACGCUUUGACUGCUUUGCUGUCUCCUGCAGUUUCAGUAUGGCUGAGGAAAAUGCUUGACCACAGGCAAAGCUCAGCCUGACUCCCCAUUAUUUUGUCACCUUUACACAGCUCUUGCCAGCAUUUCUCAGCCUUUCCUCUGAUGUUACCAGGCUUAGAGGCUGAGGUUUUGUGCUCUGCAGGGUUGUUUGCAGCUGCCUUUCACUCCACUGGGCCUGUGGGUAAUGACAUGGUGUGUGCUUCACUUAAUGAAGUUCAGUAUAUUGUCCUGUAAAGAACAGUCUGUCCUGGGGUGUUUUUUUCUUCUUGUUCAAAGAUUACAGAUUUCCUGAGGCAUCUGCAGAAGCUGGGAGAUUAGGAAUGACCAUCCCCUUCUAGCAAAACCUCUAACAGAGGGUGACCAGACAGGUUUGCUAUGAAAAUAAACUCCAUCAAAGGCCCAUUAUUGUAGCCAUGCUGAGAGGAAAAGCUCUGGCCCCUCCUCAAGUAAUGGGGGUUGUGCUGAGUGGCUGUGACCAGCUUUGCUUUAGUUGUACAGCUGAGAAAUGCUUUGAUUCAGAGCAGAGGACAGGACUUUAAGGAUUGAACAUAUGCUGAUACUUCAUCAUCUUGUUUUAAUCUUCAUUUCAAUUAAACAUUAAUUAAUGCAUAUAACUGCACCAAGCUGCCAAAUGAUGUGGUGCAGCUUCAGGAAGCUUGGGUGAGCCAGCAUCCCAGCUGGAGUCCAUAGUCUGGGACUGGAGCACUGUUUGGGGUUUUUGCCAUGCCUGUGGGUGCUGUGUGAUGGCUCCAUAUGGAAGGGGCAGCCUGAGCCUUGGGGACACAGCAACCUGGUAAAGAGAGGGACAAACAUAUUGGUACAAGAAACACGAGGAUUUGAUAAGAAUAAAAUAAGCAAAUGAUGGCAGCCAGGAGGCCUGGAGGAUGGGUAUUUGGAGGAGCAGGUACUGCAGGGUGUGAUUGGUGUCCCCAGCCCUGUGAUCUGCCUGUGCUGCAGAGAGCCUGAGCUCAACUCUGGCUUAAAGCAUCACCCCCAAACCUCCCUGGGCGGGUGAUGUGGUUUUGCUUCAUUCUCCUCCCACAUCCUGCCUGUGGGGUUUGUCAGGAUCACCUUAAUAAGGGUCUGUCUCAGCCUGGGCAGAUCCCAUCAGUUGUGGGCAUGGCUCAUGGACAGCAGAGUGGUUUUGUUGUGCCGAAACUUUGUCAUUAUCUUCAGCAUCCACAACAGUGCUGUAAUGGUUCCAGCUGGGAUCCUCAUUGGAGGUGAUGGAUCUGUGUGGAUUUCUUCCCUCACAAAACAUGAAAGCCCUGCACAUCAUUUUAAAAGCCCAUUCUUUGCCUGUGCUGGCAGAGCUGGGCUCUGGGUGCUCCCAGCUUGGCUGCCUGUCCGUGCUGACUGCUUCCAUGCUGGCAUUCCUUCCAUAGAGGCUGCCCAGGCAUUGUCCCCUUUUGAACCUGAACACAAGAUGAUGUCUGCAGCCCCGCUCAGCUCUUUUUUUGCCCAUUAUUCUCCACUCCCUGCACUGCAGCCUCUGGCAUCUCCAGCUGGACAUUCUCCAGAGUGCCUGCCAUCCUUCAGAAGUUCUGAAACCUGUGGGUGGGAAUAGCUCAGCCUGCCCACAGGUGGACAGGGAGAAUGUGCCCUGUGUCACACUGUGUGUUCCUGCUUGGCUCUGCUAAUCCGGUGUGAAUCCAGCAAGCUUCCAUGACCAGCGACAAGCCCCAGGAAAAGCAGAUUUGUACAGCCUUACCCUCAGUGUGUAUUGAGCUCCUGAGCUGUGCCCUUCUCUUUCCCUUUAUUCAAACCCCUUCUGGUGUGCUGAGCUUUUGUGAAGCCUGAAACUUCUGGAAAAAGCUUUAGGAUGAGACUCUAAGGUGCUGAGGCAGUACCAGGUCAAGCCACAGUUCUGGUGUGAGCUCACAAACAUUCCUUGAGUUCUUAAUAUAGCUCUAAGAGUUCCUUCUUCAGGAAUUGUGCAAGGGAAAAACAGGGGUGUGCAAUUAAAUGUGCUGGGCACAGCACAGUCCCUCCCUGUGUCUCACUGCCAGCCUGGGGUUGCUGAAGCUGCUUGGGAGAGUUCCAAGGAGAAUUUUCACGCUGGGAAACAGCAGUGUGUAUCUGUAACACGUGUUCUGCUGCAUUACUGAAGAAUGUGGCAUUUGUUCCCUGUGUCUUUCAAGUGUGUCUUUACAGCUUGGCCCGGGGGCCCUGGCCACGGUUGCUGGGUGCUGCCACAGCACGAACAGGUGGAAUUGGUGUGUCCCUCAGCUGUGCCUUUAAGCGGCUCUGGAGCUCUGCCUGGUAUCCUGGAAGAAUCACAAGUCCACCCAUUUGGAAAGGAAGCAGUUAAAGUAGAAAAGUUUGCCAGGAAAUUGAAUAAACUAAAAGCAGUGCUUAGGUCUCCUGAUGACGAGCUCAGUGGAGCCCACAGCUAGAGCCAGUGAACAGAGCUGCAGUGUCUGCAGGCUGCUGCUUCCCUCCCACUCCAUUGACAGCACUGCUAAACAAAAAAAGGAUUGGGCUUGGGACCACAAGCGGGGAGCCAGUGGAGCUGGGUCUGCCAGCAGUACUGCUGGUCCCACUUUUCUAUGUGCCUUUCUGAAUCUCUCUGUCCUCAAGAUGUCUCACCACAUGAACAGCUCCACACUGCCAACCUCACAUCCUCCUGAGCAUCAGCACCCCUCCACCACAGCCUCGGGACACGGCCACGACAUGAUGAUGAUGGCCAUGACUUUCCACUUCAGCUGUGAGAAUGUGCCAUUGCUGUUCUCUGGACUUACAAUCAAUUCUCCUGGAGAAAUGGCUGGUGCUUUUGUGGCUGUCUUCUUCCUGGCCAUGUUUUAUGAAGGCCUGAAGAUUGCCCGGGAGUGUCUGCUCCGUAAAUCCCAAGUCAGCAUCCGCUAUAACUCCAUGCCAGUGCCCGGCCCCAAUGGCACCAUCCUGAUGGAGACACACAAAACCGUGGGCCAGCAGAUGCUGAGCUUGCCCCACCUGCUGCAGACUGUGCUGCACAUCAUCCAGGUGGUGGUCAGCUACUUCCUCAUGCUGAUCUUCAUGACCUACAACGGCUACCUGUGCAUCGCCGUGGCCGCAGGAGCGGGCACCGGCUACUUCUUCUUCAGCUGGAAGAAGGCAGUGGUGGUGGACAUCACAGAGCACUGCCAUUAGCACUGGAUGUGCCACAGGCCUCUCCACCCCUCUGCUCCCUGCCAGUGCAGCUACCCGAGGACUGGAGCAUUCCUAAGCUGCCAAGAGAAUCAUGAUAAAGAAAAUCAACUGGAGUUCACUACAGGUUCCUGGAGGGGUGGAGGAGCUGGGACACGCUGCUCCCCUUGACUCCUGAGAGUCCAUGGCAGCCAUUCUUGGCCAGGAUUUGCUUUAUUCUUAGAUUAUGCUGUGAUUGAAAUUAGUUGGCUGACAGAACUGUAGAAAUUAUUUUAAAAAGAAAACAAAACCAUUUUAUUUUUAAAUUGUACAUGCUCAUCAGUGAGGGUUUAAUGAACAGUAGGAAAAGAUCAGCUGCCAAUAAUGUGUGAAUGGCUGUUUUAAUUUUGAUUUUUUUUCAAUGUGUACAUAAUGCCAGGGGAGGAGAUUGCCCUGGCAUUGUGGCUUUUGGGGCCAAUGACACCUUUUGCUGUAGGACUCAGCCUCAGAGGAAGAUUUGGUGCUGCACAUCAGACAUGCUCAGGUGUGUCCUGGCAAAGGAAGACUUUGACUCAAGGAUGUGAGCUGUGUGCUUCAGGGAUUGGAUGAACUUGCCCUCCAAGCCCACCAGAGAUGAUGAGUGUUGUUAUCUGAUGUGUCCAGCAGCUUAACUCAGCCUGCAGGGAGAACACUUGAGUUGGGCUGCUUUCCCUUCCCAGUUAUGGAACAGAUAAUAGUUCUCUAUUUACAGGGCAAAAAGAUUCCAAAUAAACCAUUGAACCCACAGGUACUUCAUGUGAAGCUGCACCUGGAUGGAACUAGAGCUAGGCUUUGGGUUACUAGAUGUAAAUGAGGCAAGAGCUAAAUAAUGAUUUCCUGACACUAAAGUUAAAAUGGCUGGAGGAUAUUCCUGGCUGGAGGUGAAGAGGGGAAACAACCACAUUCCUGUAAAGAAGUGAUUUAGGGAAGAGGAGAAGGAAAAUACAGGUCUACAGCAGCCUUCAAUCUUCUCAGGUGAAAUUUGGAGCAGCGUGGGCUAAUCAAAAAGUAUUCCUGACCCAGAUGGCUCCUCUUUGUCUUGAUAAUCACAGUGUGCCCAUGCUGGAGGUGCAGGUGCUCAGUGCAGUGGGGGACAGUGAAGAACUCAGUGCUGUGGGCUCUGCCCAGUGCCCAGGCAGGACAGGCUGUGAGGGGGCAGAACCACCCUCCUGCCUGGCUGGUGCCAGGCCAGGCUUGGGGAGCAGCCCUGGUUGAGCACCUGGAUAUUAAAAAGGUUGUGCAGAGCUGGAGGUGGUGGUGCAAAGGUGGUGCAAAGCUGGAGUCUUCCCUCUAUCCAGAUUGCCCAGUUUGUGCCUGUAACUGGCUGGAAGAGAAGACACUGGGAAUUUGGGAGCAGCACCACUUUGACUGGGACUGGUGUCUGGGACAUGCCGUGAGAACAGGGAAUCCUGCUGGGAUGAAGCCUCUGGGCACACACCAGAAGGUUUUUUUUUUCCCCCGAAGAUGCUGCUGAUGACUUCUGGCAGCAGUUGUGUGAGGAAAGCUGAUCUUUGGAAUGAGAUUUUUUAGCCCCUGAGCCUCAGAGGGUGCGGCCAUCCCUGUGUCCGUGGGUGCUCCACGGUGCUGGUGCUGCUGUCCCUGCACAGAGCCCACCCUCUUCAAGGAAAUCCACAACUGCUGCCACCAGGGCUUGAAUUGCACCCUCUAAAAGCCCUCCUGGGCUGAUGCCAAGUGUUUAUUUGGACAUCUUGUUUUCUCUGGACAGUGCAACUAGAGAAUAAAAGGAGCUGAGUUAAAAGCAGGCUUAGGUUCCUAUGUAGCUGCUUUCUGUAGCAAAUUCACAUCUGGGUGAGAGAGGCAAAGUUAUUUUCAUGGAAAAGUUCUAGCCACCUCCUGCUGAGAGACAGGAAAAGUGCUUCCUUCCCCAGUCUGAUCUUUGAAAGGAGCUCUGUCUGUGACAGAACCUCCUGGCGCCCUCUCUGCACCUGUCACAAAGGUGAAACUCUGCUGUGCCCUCCAGGCAGUCAUGGAGGGGAAACCUCACCCUCCCCAUCUCUGGAGAGCUGGGAGGAAUGUUAGGGUUGGACAGAGAAAACGGAUAAUCCCUUCCCACUCCUGCUGGAACUGAGAGGAAAUCUGAGUGUUUGUCAGAGAGAACUGGAGUUGUUAAAAGGUUGAUGUGGUGGUUGAUGUGGGAGGUUUGCACUGCAGGGCUUGACCCCUGAAGGAGCUCAGGGUGACACUGCCACUGCUGCCAUUGGUUUUUCUGGAAGGGGCUGGAAUUGUUGCCAUCACAAUCACAGGCUGGAGUGAGGAGUGUGGCUGUGUGGUGGCACUGGUCACCUCAUAUACCUCUUGCUGUAUCUUUCUUUGGAACAGAAGCUGCUUGGCCUGAUCUUGCUGUCACCUUUUAGCCACUUUUCUGUGUAUCCAAGUGGCCUGACUUGAAUUCUCUGGGGGAUGACUUGGAGAUCAGGCUGUGGCUCAUCAGUGUCAGUCUGGUUCUUGUUAAGCUUUUCUGCCUCGUUCUGCUUGUACCACCUGUGCCCCUGGAAUUGUUUCCCCCAGAAUGAGCUUCUCUCCUGCCCGUGCUGUCCCCAGAGAGGGCACACAGCUUUCUGCAGCAUGCACAGGGAGGGGACACUGCCCUGGCAGAGCUCACCUGGGCAGGAGUCUCUCAGGUGCCCCACCUGCUCCCACAGCCUGCAUGAGGGGAGGUUUGGGCACCCUGGGCUGUCCAGAGAAGGUGAGAGGGGAAGUGGCUGAGGAGAGCAGGUGAGGCUGUGUCCCCUCUCCUCUGAGCUCCUGGGGCACAGCUGGGGAAGGGCCAUGCCCAGGCUGCUCCUCCUGCCAUGGCUGUGCUUCCCCAGUUCAGUGUGACAAUCCAGAGCAGCCAUCGACCUCUCCUGUCCCAGCCUCCCCCCUGCCACCAGAUGCCAGCACGGUGUGUUCUCAGCCGGGCUGCUGCGUGCUGUGGUAGAGCCUGAGCAAAGCCUGAGCUCCCUCUGGGCGGGAUGGGCAGCUCUGGGGCAGCGCCAGCCCCUCUGCUGAGUUCAGAGCUGUCCCGGUGACAGGGGAGGGCUCCAAGGAAGACACACGUGCAGCAUGCUGGGGUGUGCUGUUCUGCUCGGGGGUGACACCCUGUGCCUGUCUCUGUGCCCUGAUGCUUGCUCUGCACAGGCUUUGCCUCCAGAAUGUCACUGAGGGGGGAGCUCAGAGCCUCCGGGCCCUGUCCCUCAGAGGGCUUUUGUUGCUUUUCUCUGAGUGCCUUUUGAGUUUGUCUGGAGCCAGUCCCACCCAAUCCAGCAAGGUUUCUAGUUUUGUUUACAGUGGACUGUCAGUUUUGUUUUUACUCUUGCUUUUUGUGGCGGUAACUUGUCUGAUGUUACUGUGAAUAUCAAGAAUCUCCUGUACAUAAUUAACCAAUAAAAUGGAUUGCAUUUUA